AGUGGACACAAGCCAAGGGUGUCCCAUCAUGUCUUAACACAAACAGGGCCUAGUGGGUGGGGAUGGGCCCUGAAGAACACUGUUAGUAAAGUGUGCAGACCUGGACAGAGGGUUCAUUGCUCCUUCUUGGCAGCCCCUGACCAUCCAGGUGGCCCGCUCUGCCCACCUCAGCAGUAAAUGUUUACCGUGUUGGGUAGGAGGGAUGUGGGUUAGGCUCAGAGUAGUGCUAGCUGGUAACAAAGAAUCACACCUCGAUGCCAGUAGUGCAGCAGCAGCAGGAUGAGCAGCUGCAGGGAGGGUUGAGUGACUGCUGGGGGGUGCUCUGUGACGGGCAGGAAAUGAGGUGGGGUGCUUGCCCACACCCAUAAGGAGCUUCCCCCUGCUCUAGACAGUGGAGGACACGCAGCGCUGUGGCUCUGGUAAGUGCCUACUCUGCCUUCCAACCCAGGCAGGUCCCAGGCUUCUUGAUGCCCAUCAUGGGGUCUGGGAGGGCUGCCUCCUGCCUAGUCAGGGCGUGGGGCUCUGGCCAUGACCCGCAUGAGCCCCCACUCCCAGCAGCUCUUUUAAGAACCACCCCCAGAAAAGACAGGUCCCGUGACAGGGAUAGAGGGGGAGAGGAGGAAAGCCAGAGAGCAGUGCAGUGCUGAGUGACAAACACCCCCCCCCCUUCCCAACCACGUUCAGUUCUGGUGAUGAAAAGCCUGCAGUCCUCACCAAACAGGGCCAUGCCUGGACCAGGAUAGCUCUAGUGGUAGCCUGUGGCUUGCGGGCCCAGGUGUGACUUGAGAGGCUUCCCCAGAUCAUAGGUUUGGGCUGCAGUGACCCCAGUGCAGCCUUGGCCAUGCUCUACCAGUCUCAUGGCCACAUUUACUAAGCAAAGUACUUUUUCACCAAGAGACCCUAGCUAGAGGAGGGAAGGUAGGCAAGACCAAAAGGCCCGGGGGUUUCCCAGGGUGGCGUGGCGAGUGCUGACUCAACGCCAAAAGGAAGUGUCUGCCCACAAGUGGGGCUGCUAGGUGUGUGCCUGGUACCUCCAGUGCCCCUUUUUUCUGCCCUUAGGUCCUCCCAUGACAUAGGAUGGGGCUGUUGGUACCCUCAGCCCUGCCAGUCCUCUGGGUCCUAGGGUGCUUCUCCCUGCUCCUCUGGCUGUGGGCGUUGUGCACAGCCUGCCACAGGAAGCAGGCUCAGAGGAAACAGGCCAGGCGCCGCGGCAGUGUGGUGCCAGUGGAGAUGGUGAGUGCCAGGCUGUCCCGGGGCCAGAGCAGGACCAGCAGGGGACCAACCAGCAUUCUUUACCCCCAGUCUCUGAGGCGGACCUACCUCUGCUCCCUCAGCAAGUCUGAUACGAGGCUGCACGAACUCCAUCGUGGUAAACACUACAGCACAGCCCCACGACCUGCUAGCAUGGAUCUGCGCCCACUAUGGCUAGAGAUGUCCAGGGGAAGCACCAGACUGCAGGCAACCUCCUCCACCUUCCUACCCCAGCAGCUGCCCAGGGCUCCUGCUAUCACAGCCACAGCCCCCACAGAACCCACUGGCCCUGAGGCCACCUAUUCCAAUGUGGGGCUGGCUACAACCCCCAGGGCCAGCCUAGUGGCCAGGCCUGUGGUGUGGGGAGGAACACAGCUGAUCAGCUGUGACAGGCUCGGGCCUAGAACUAGACCUACAGUGGCCAAGUAUGCCUGCAUCCAGAAGUGCAAGGGCCCCCAAGAACCGCAGGGGGAGGCAGAAGUGACCCCAGCCACUCAGGAUAUCCUGUACUCAAAGAUCUGCAAGCCUAAACAUAGGAAUCCAGAACUUUCCAUAUUCCAACCAGACCCUCAGGGUCAGGGAGUGGUUCCUGCCCCGAGGAGAGGCUUGGCACAUGAAGACACCCCCCCUCAAGACCUGGGCAUGGACCAAGGUCCCUCGGAAAACGUGUAUGAGAGUAUUCAGGAGAUGGGGCUCUGAACGCCUGCAAACCGUCCCCCUCCAUUAGCACAAGUGGGGAAUAUACACAGGGCACCAAGCCCUCUACCCUUUCCAUCUUCCUCAGCUUAGGGCACCUUUCUCCCGAGGGAUUCCCACCCUGCCGGUGACAGUACAGGUGUCAGAUCCCAGAGCUGUGUCCCUGUCAUCCAGGUGGGCCUGCAUACUAAUAAAUCCCCAUCUCACGGGAUGGACAUGCUGGCC